AUGCCAAGCCAGUUACGCUCAUUGCUUGGGACCAUCAGGAGGAAGCCUACCCAGGCCAGUGACGGAAGGACGUCGGAGGCUUCGAGUGGGCUGAAGAACAACGAGAAGACCACCAUCGGCCACGACCUCAAAAACCUGGGCAUUAAGAAUGCUAGAUUCGCAGUCGAAGCCAUCACCACGCUGGCCUCUGGCGAACCUCUUGAUGACAAGGACAACCUCCUUGAGAAUGGCGUUCAGAUGCUGCAAGGCCUACCGACCAACAGCGGACUGAGUGCAAAGGUCUCAGACGGCUUUAUUGCCAUGCUUUGGAAUGACCUCCCACAUCCGUCACCUACAACAGCCGGUCCAACUACACGCUAUCGCCGACACGAUGGUGGCGGCAACAACCCACACAAUCCAGAAAUGGGAAAAGCAGGUCCCAAUCUUCCUGAUGUUGAGGAUGUCUAUGAAGCCUUGCUGAAGCGCAAAGGCCCUUUUCGUUCUCCAUUCACUCAGGAGCUGAAUACGCCUUGGUUCUUCUCUUUCGCGAACCAUCGUCAUUCACGGAGUGGCUUUCCAAACCUCGAAGGACCAGACCCCUGGAUCAACGAAACCCUCAAGCUACGUGGAUCUGAGCACGCUGAUAAUGACAUCUUCCAACUUACGCGCAACAUCAACGUCGGAUUUUUUGCCGCGGUCGUUCUACACGAUUACGUGGCAGCCAUCCUAAAUACUCCCCGUGCCAAUUCCGAAUGGUCGCUCGAUCUAGGCAAGGAGAUCAAACAGGGCGGGACACGUGUGGAACGAGGUACUGGAAGUCAUGUCUCUGUGGAGUUUGCAGUCCUCUACCAUUGGCAUGCUGCGUUAAGCGCUGCGGACGACAAAUGGAUGGAAGACAUACUUCGCUCUGUCCAUCCCAAUAUGCGGUCUGUCGAUGACAUUACAGUCGAAAUGUUUCAUGAAGUCAUGAAGGAGUGGACGUUUGGUGGGCUUCAGCGAGGCCCCGAUGGACGCUUCAAAGACGCUGAGCUAGCUGAGCUUAUCAAAACUUGUACCGAAGAACCGGCCCACGCAUUUGGUGCCCAUGGCACGCCCGCGUCGCUGAAAGUCGUCGACCUUAUGGGUCAGUUGCAAGCACGUGAUAUGUUCAACGUCUGCACCUUGAACGAGUUCCGUAGGUAUCUCAACUUGAAGCCUUACGAGACCUUCGAAGACUGGUGUGUAGACAAAGACACUGCAAGGGCUGCGGAGCUCCUGUACGGGCACAUUGAGAACAUGGAGCUCUAUCCCGGUUUAAUGGCCGAAUGCACCAAGCCAGCGAUGCCGGGAUCCGGGGUGUGUCCCGGCCAGACCACAGGACGAGGAAUAUUGGACGACGCUGUUGCACUUGUCCGUGGCGAUCGUUACCUCAGUUACGAUUUCAAUAGCAAUACUCUGACCCAGUGGGGCGCUGCUCUACUAUCAGACACCGUUCCUGGAGCUUAUGGUGGCGUCUUUCCAAAGCUACUUUUCCAAGGUCUCCCUGGCGGAUUCACAGGCACGUCACCGUACGUUCUGUUGCCAUUCUACACACCCGAAGCUGCCAAGGGCAUUCUGAAGGGGAACAAUGUUCUCGAGAAAUACGAUCUCAAACGACCGCCAAAUGAUUACGACAUUGUCAGCGUGCAGACGCAAGAGGGCUGUAAGAAGAUAUUUGAGGACCGCGACAGUUUUGCUGUCAUGUACCAGGCUGCCAUUAGGCAUUGUACUGCCGGACACGACUUCAUGAUCGGGUGGGACGAUGCAAAGAAGCACGACGAGCGCUCCAAUGCCCUUCACAAGAUAUUCUUCGAGGAUGGGUUCGAGAAGAACGUCAACGAAUUCUUCAGCAAAACAGUCAGUCAACUCAUUCAGAAGAACUCGUUGAAAGGCGCCAAGGGCAGGAUGUCGAUCGAUAUUGUGCGCGACGUCACCAACAUUGCGCCUAUCCUGUGGCUAGCCGAGCGUUUUGCAUUACCUCUAAAAACCCAGGAACAGCCUCGCGGAGUUCUUUCGGUCCACGAAGCUUUCACUGCGUUCCUCGUCCUGUUCAUGUACCAGAGCUUCAACAUCAUGCCAGCUAAUGAGUGGAAGCUAAGAGAAGGCGCUUUGAAAGCCGCGGCACCUCUACGAUCCAUCUUCGAGGCUCAUUUGAAGACACAAACUGGUAGACUGGAGGGCCUUGUCGACUGGAUGGCUAAGGGCAGUGCAUUUGAAGUGGGCCCACAAGCUGACCGCCUCUACCAUGCCUUGGCGGAUACGAAAUUGCCCCUUGGAGAUCAGGUUGGAGAUUGUAUUGGAAUGAGCGCACCAGUUGCUGGCAAUAUGACACAGCAAGCAUCGCUUUUGAUUGACCUAUUCCUCAGUCCUGGUUAUGAAAAGUACAAGGAGCGCAUUGUCGAAUUGGCACACAUGGAUCCCGCAACAUCCGAUCGCGAACUCCAAGGCUUUGUAUAUGAAGGCAUGAGACAUGUCGGAGUGGUUCCUGGGCUUCCACGUGUUGCUACUCGAGAUACCACAGUUAAUGACGGUGUGCGUGGUCCUGUUCAGAUCAAGAAAGGCCAUACUGUCCUCAUCGCCACCUCCAAGGCAGCUAUGGAUCCCGUCGCGUAUCCAAAUCCCGAGAUUCUGAAUCCACAUCGACCAUUCAAAGACUACACUCUCCUCGGUCAUGGCUUGCACUUUUGCUUCGGCGCUCGUCUCGUAGGGCCCUCGAUUGCUGCUACAUUACGCGAAGUCUUCAAGCUGAAAAACGUACGACGCGCGCCAGGUAAACAGGGUCGCUUCACCGUUACCGAGCAAAAGCUGGCCGGCGUUUCUAUGAGACACUAUCUUGAUGCCAAUUCAAAGGAGAGUCCUAUCCCGACGAGUCUGAGACUACACUACGACUAUGAGACAAUCACGAACGGUCUCAACGGCGCAGCUGGCUUGAAUGGGCAUGCACCUAAUGGAUAUGCGAACGCAAACGGUAACAACUCGCACGGUAACGCGUACACAAUCGCUCCUUAGAUUGGGCCUCUGAAGAGAGCCAUGGGAUGCUGUCAUCUGUUGAGACUCAGACGAACGCGGUGUCAUAAGGAUAAGGGUUGCUCUAUAGACGCCACAAGAUCCAUGGGUGGGAGGAUAUCCUGACAAGUUCAAGGUUUUCUUAUUGAAUCACCUAGAUGAUAGUAAUCGGUGUAGCAUAAUGAUCAAUGCAUAUCUUCCUUACUUCUACAUGA